AUGAUGUCCUGCCUGUCAGAUGAUAUUUCUUUCAUUGAAAGUCAGUCGGUGGGUUCAAUACGCGAAUUCCGAAACCAUAUCUACACGGAUGCCUACCAACGCACCAAUCCCAGUGAAUUUCUCAACAAUGACUGGAUAAACAUUGGCAAAUUGCACAAGUUCUUGGAAAGGCAUGCUUCUCACACCCCCCUCAAACAGGAGCCAGCAUCGAUUCCGAUCAAACAGGAGCCUGUAGAAGCGAUAAAUGUUGAUUCCAAGUUACCGCUCCAUGGACUACACAUGAAUAUUAUCAUGGAUGGCAACCGUGAAGUUGUCGAGAUCCUGGAUUCAGAUGAGGAACAAGGCCAGCCAAUCAUUGUAAUAGGCUCUAGUCCCGAUCCAUGCAGUCUUGUAGACAAUCCGGAGAAUCAGUGUUUGCCUAGCAUUGACUCUUUUGACCAUGAAGAAGAAACAGUUGAUUGGGAACCUUCGGAGACGGUUUGGCCUCGUGAAAUCAAGUCAGAGGUCCACCCUUUGGUCUCGAGUGCCUGGCCCCUUCGCAUAACCAGAGAGGUUAGCAUACAGCGUCUAGAACGGCUUUCGGAGAUACCUUUACUGUGGCCUGUACCGGAAACCCCUGCUGCAUUCAUCUUGGACGUUCCAGACCCAAAAUACCUCCUCUACAAGAAGGAACACUCACACUGGCAUACACCCGACUUUCUCAUCAAACACUAUGAUAACGACUCAUGGAAGAGUCAAAGUGGCCGAGACAAAACCGUUGCUGUUACUUUUGAACCAGGUACAGAAAGCAUUGUAUGCUUCCAUGCCAGGCUUGACUGUAAAGGAGCAUGGCGGUGCACCUACCUCUCAGAGGACCUGAUCGAUGUUGGUAGACGUGAUGUCCAGCCUGUCCAUGAAGAACAAAUUGCUGGAUUACAGGCUGUGAUGCGUCAAGCUGACGGCUCUAUGCCCAAAAGUAGAGCAGCGAUUCACGCAUUCAUUCUGUCCAAACCGUGUCCUGCAAUGGACCCAACAGGUGGGGAACAGUGCAAGGGCAGACCGAAGGUUAAAUCUUAUACUGAUGGUUUCGGUGUGGAGCGUCAUUUUGUCGGUUGCACUGGUUGGCAGUCUGACUUCAAUAAUGGACAACAUCGUAGAGCACCCAUACCACCCAGAAUAGAUGUUGCUCUACUUGAUAAAUGUUUCAAGCAUACACAGCUUACUGAAGGACAUGACAAAGACACCCCACUGUGUGGAACAAUCAACUCUGCGCAUGUGGGGGCUUAUGCUCUCUUCCAUGCUGACAAGAAAACGGAGCCCAAAAAGCGUUACAUCCAUUUGCAUGACGACAGGGAUGGAACCAACAUGAUCCUUACCUGUUUCAAAGGGUUGUUAGAGCUUCUUCAUGAAUUUAACUACGUCGAGUGCGACACGACCUUCAAACAACUUCACGAAGCUAUUUUUCACAAGGAUACAAACAAGGAAGUCACCCUAGAGCUCAAUGAAUGGGAAUUAGUCAUUUUCUACAAGCCUGUUCAGCUAGCCCUUACGAUAAUGCACAUAUAUACAAACCACUCUGACAAAGCUUCUUAUGAGAAGCUCUUUGACGCAGUCCAGAAAGUAACUCUCGAACUUACCAGUCGUCCUAUGGCAUUCAAGCGUUUACGACCUGAGGGCAACCUGCUCACCAUGGUGGUAGAUAUGGAGAUCACUCAAGUGCAGGGUGCAGCAGCUUUGCUCACAAAGACCCAGGUCACUUCUCAUAGUAAAUUAGAUGGAAAGAGGCUGGAUCUAUUCCCUCCAUACUUCAUCAAACUCUGUCAUAUCCAUGCAAAAAGAUGCACUUGA